AAAUCCAGCCACCCUCGGGGGGGAUCGCGUUCCCGGCCCCCCUGCCCUCUCGCCGCCGAAGUCCGCCUCGCCUCCAGCCCGGGGUCCUGCCGAAGGGGGGAAAGCUAUUUCGCCAGGGGAACUUCCUCGCCCGCCAGCAGCUUGCAAUGCUCCAAAGCAAGGAUCUCGUCUGGACUUUGCUUCUCCUCGGGACUGCAGUCGCUGUCCAGGUGGACAUUAUUCCAAAUAAGGUGGAAGUUGCUGUUGGAGAGUCCAAAUUCUUUGUUUGUGAAGUAACUGGGGAUGCCAAACGCAAAGACGUUUCCUGGUUUGCCCCUAAUGGCGAGAAGCUUUCAAACCAACAGCGCAUCAUAGUGUCGCCAGCAACGCCAGAGGCCGAUUCCACCCUCACCAUCUACAGCGUGGAAAUCGAUGAUGCCGGAAUCUACAAGUGCGUGGUCUCCACCGAAGAAGGGGAGUUUGAAGCCACACUUAAUGUGAAGAUCUUCCAGAAACUCACCUUCAGGAAUGCCCCCAGCCCGCAGGAGUUCAAAGAAGGAGAGGAUGCCGUCAUUGUGUGCGAUGUGGUCUCCUCCCUGCCUCCUACCAUCAUGUGGAAGCACUUGGGCCGGGACAUCGUUCUGAAAAAAGAUGUUCGAUUCGUUGUCUUGUCCAACAAUUACUUACAAAUCAGAGGGAUAAAGAAAACAGAUGAAGGCAUGUACCGCUGUGAAGGGAGGAUUCUAGCCCGAGGAGAGAUUGACUUCAGGGAGAUCAGGGUCAUUGUUAACGUGCCUCCUACCGUUCACACCAGGCAGAGCACUGUGAAUGCCACGGCAAAUCUUGGCCAGUCGGUCACUUUGGUGUGUGAAGCUGAGGGUUUUCCCGAGCCAACCAUCAGCUGGACCAAAGACGGGGAGUCGAUAGAACGAGGUGAGGAUGAUGAAAAGUACGGCUUCAGUUAUGAUGGCUCAGAGUUGACAAUCCGCAGAGUGGAGAAGAACGAUGAGGCAGAGUACAUCUGCAUUGCCGAAAAUAAAGCUGGCGAGCAUGAUGCCACCAUCCAUCUCAAAGUCUUUGCAAAACCUAAAAUCACCUACGUGGAGAACAAAACGGCUAUGGAACUGGAAGACCAGGUCACCUUGACCUGUGAGGCCUCUGGGGAUCCCAUCCCGUCCAUCACUUGGAGGACCUCCACGCGGAACAUCAGCAAUGAAGAGAAGACCCUGGAUGGGCGCAUUGUGGUGCGCAGCCAUGCACGGGUGUCUUCUUUGACUCUGAAGGACAUUCAGUACACAGAUGCUGGAGAGUACAUCUGCAUAGCAAGCAAUACGAUUGGGCAGGAUUCCCAAGCCAUGUACCUGGAAGUUCAGUAUGCCCCAAAGUUGCAGGGCCCCGUAGCUGUUUAUACCUGGGAAGGCAACCAGGUGAACAUUACCUGCGAGGUGUUUGCUUACCCCAGUGCCGUCAUCUCAUGGUUCCGGGACGGGCAGCUGCUCCCAAGCUCCAACUACAGCAACAUCAGGAUCUAUAAUACACCAACUGCCAGUUACCUGGAGGUGACCCCCGACUCAGAGAAUGACUUUGGGAACUACAACUGCACAGCAGUCAACCGAAUUGGCCAGGAGUCCUCAGAAUUCAUUCUUGUGCAAGCAGACACACCAUCCGCUCCUUCCAUCGACAGAGUGGAGCCCUACUCCAGCACAGCUCAAGUGGAGUUUGAUGAACCAGAGGCCACAGGUGGGGUGCCCAUCCUCCGUUACAGGGCAGAGUGGCGAGCCCUGGGUGAGGAAGACUGGCACGGCAAAGUAUAUGACGCCAAGGAAGCCAACAUGGAAGGCGUGAUCACUGUCAUGGGCCUGAAGCCAGAGACGACCUAUGCGAUCCGACUGUCCGCUGUCAAUGGCAAAGGCGUGGGGGAGAUCAGUGCCAUCUCUGAAUUCAAGACACAGCCAGUUCGCACUCCACCACCACGGGAACCCAGUGCGCCCAAGUUGGAAGGCCAGAUGGGAGAAGAUGGAAACUCCAUUAAAGUGAACCUUAUCAAGCAAGAUGAUGGAGGAUCCCCCAUCCGGCAUUAUCUCGUCAAAUAUAGAGUUCACUCCUCGGACUGGAAGCCUGAGAUACGACUCCCUUCCAGCAGCGACCAUGUCACGCUCAAGUCUCUGGAUUGGAACGCUGAAUAUGAAGUUUUUGUGAUUGCAGAGAACCAGCAAGGGAAGUCCAAGCCUGCCCAUUACGCCUUCUGGACUUCAGCACAGCCAACUAUCAUCCCAGCCAGCACAAGUCCUACGUCUGGACUGAGCACCGCUGCCAUCGUGGGCAUCCUCAUUGUCAUCUUUGUCGUCUUACUGGUGGCCGUGGACAUCACCUGCUACUUCCUAAACAAAUGCGGUCUCUUGAUGUGCAUUGCCGUCAACCUGUGUGGCAAAUCUGGGCCUGGGGCAAAGGGCAAGGACAUGGAAGAGGGAAAGGCGGCUUUUUCGAAGGAUGAAUCAAAAGAGCCCAUUGUGGAGGUGCGAACGGAGGAGGAACGGACCCCAAACCAUGACGGAGGGAAACACACAGAGCCCAAUGAGACCACGCCGUUAACGGAGCCUGAGCACCCUGCCGAUGCUGCAGCCGCUGCUGAGGACAUGCUGCCGUCCGUCACCACCGUCACCACUAACUCUGACACGAUCACUGAGACUUUUGCCACAGCUCAGAAUAGCCCCACCAGCGAGACCACCACCCUCACCUCAAGCAUCACCUUGCCAGCCACGCCCAUGCCCGACUCCAAUUCGGUGGCGCCCAGCCACGGCACACCUAAAACCACCGUGGCUUCUUCGCCACCACCCGCCUCCACUCCCAAAGUCGCUCCCCUUGUGGACCUCAGUGACACCCCGGCUUCUGCUCCAGCCACCGGCAACUUGUCAUCGAGUGUCCUGACAAGCCAAGGGACAGUGCUGAGCCCCAGCAGCAAUGCCCACGCCCCAGAGGCGUCCAAGGCUCCCGCAGCAGCUAGCAAAUCCCCUGCCCCCCCACCCCCUAAUCCCACCAGCCCCCCAGCCUCUUCCGAGCCAAAGCAGGAGGCCUCCAGCGUGAAAAGCCCUGGAAAGGAAGCCACACCACCCAGUGCCAUGAAGAGUCCCACAGAGGCUGCCAAGAGUCCAGCAAACCAGAAGAGCGAGCCCACCACAGGGGGGCCCACAAAUCCUACUCAAAAUGAGGACUUUAAAAUGGACGAAGGGACCUUCAAGACCCCAGACAUUGACCUCGCCAAGGAUGUGUUUGCUGCUCUGGGCACAGCGGCUUCCGCCCCUGGGGCUGCAGGCCAAGUUGCAGCUCCCACUCCAGAAAGUUCUGCACCUGCAAAGACAGAGAAAACACCCGUAGAAGAAAAGCCCGCAGUUCAGGCCACAGAAGCCAAGACAGCCCCUGCAGAAGUCAAGACGGUGCCCAACGAAGCCACGCAAACAAAUGAGAAUGAAAGCAAAGCAUGAUGGGCAAGCAAGCCAAAACAAAACACAAU